UCGCUUGGACCCCGCUAACUCCGGCCGUCAAGCAUGGCCAAGGAGUUGAGUUCCCUUCCCUAGCAGGGGCCAUACCAGUAAGACACAGAAUCCACAAGGCUCUUCUUACUUGGAGAAUUAGUGUGAGCAAUCUGAUGAUAUGUACAUUUUGUUCCAUUAGCAUUUGUGACUAUUUGCUCUUACCGUCAAGUUGGGAGGAAAUAGUAACAGCCAAUCUAGGCAUACUCUCAAGUAGUGGACCGAGUCAAAAAGAAGAAGUGGUGGAAGCCAAACGUCAUCUAGCCUUAUUUCAGGUCUACGGCGGUGUCGAUUCCUCAAGAUGUUGAAUACCAAUACACUGAAGGGCACAGCGAAGCUAUCUGCUGUAAAGGGCUUGCUAGAUAAACUCACUCUCGACUUGAAGGAACACAAUCUCUCCUCGCAAGAGCGUGACGCGGCGCUCGAGCAGUUGAAAGUUUAUGGGAGAGACCCUCGUGAUGCAGAGCCCAUCUUUACAAAGGAGGGGAUAUCGACGCUGGCCGCGCACUCCUUCGAUGGAUCGUCGGACACAACAUCCAGAAAUGCGCUCCGCUGCCUGGCGAAUGCAAUGCUUCUUCAACCCAGCUCCCGCCAAGAGCUCGUUGAUCUUGGAUAUCACAUCAAGGCAUGUGCUAAGCUUGCAAGUGAUAGCUGGGACGACGAGUUCCUGGUUUCACGGGUGCUGAUGCUGGCAGCAAAUGCCAGAAACAUCAAUCACGAGAUAUUGAUUACACAACAUGGCCUUGCAGAGCUUAUUGCUGCAAGGUUAGAGAGUCAUAUGCGCUUUUUACCAGAUGAGGACUCAAGCCCGAACACCAUGGAGGGUAUGGCGCUCAGCGAAACUCUCAAAAUGAUGUUCGCCGUCCUACGGUUUUGUCCGGGACAGAGUACGAGAUUCGCUGGAGCCGCAGGCCACAUUCUAACACUGAUAUGUCAGCGACCACUACCUGCUGAAUCCGUCCUUGAUCCUCCUUUCGGUCCCUUGAUCAAUGCGUUAUGCACCCUCGAUCUCGAGGACGAGGCUAUCACGAAUACUUUGUUCCCGGAGAGGGAUCCAAGCCUCGUAACAAGCAGGCUGAUUAGCAUCCUGGACAGGGCGUUGAGUGAGUUCAAAGGCAAUGGCAUGGACGACCCAACAAUGACAGUGCUUGCCGGCUCGUUGUGCAUUAUUUUUGAGGCCGCACCCGAGCCCGUUCGCAUAUCCAUGCAGGCCCAACUCCUACCUACCGACGAAGACAGGAAGGAGGUUCUUGGCAGCACGGAGAGUCUGCCAUCAAAGCUCCUGAAGAUGAUGACUAACGCCAUGGCUCCGAAAUCCCGAAAGGCCAUAUCGCAUCUACUUUUUGGUCUUUCGGACAGGGACGCUGGUAAGUUUGUGGAGAAAGUCGGAUAUGGGUAUGCCUCUGGCUUUCUGUUCGAAGAAAACAUCCCAGUACCACAGUCUGCGCUGGCCAGCGAAGGUGCUUCGGGUUCGACAAUGCAAGGAAGAGCUGUGAAUCCCAUAACUGGGCAGUUCCUGGACGCGGAGAAGCUGUCGGAUAUUCCUGAAAUGUCACAGGAAGAGAAGGAGAAGGAGGCGGAGAGGUUGUUCGUUUUGUUUGAGAGACUCAAGAAGACUGGCGUUGUUGACGUACAGAAUCCGGUUGAGAAGGCAUUCCAAGAAGGCCGCGUUGAAGAGCUUGAAGACGAUGAAGAUGGUGACGAGAAUAACAAGAAAGUGGAGCAAAAGUAGUGAGUGGUUGAUCUCAUGGGGGGAGAGGAACGACGUGAUUGCAAUAUUCGUUAUGAUAGCGUUGCGUCACCCAGCCAGUUUUCUUUAUCAAACAACCAUCCGUCCACUGCUUUCGGUUGAAGCCGAGCAAGCCUAAUUGUGCGGAAACCCACAGGUGGUGCUUCUGCUCUUUCGUACUUUAGAAUCAAGCGCCGUACGGGGAGGCAUAUACUGACGCACACUAACGUACACGUGCAGCCGCCUAAUUUAGUGGGCAGGAGAGCCAUGUAUUGGAGUGGGUAGUGCUAUCUAGGCUAAAGCGCGUGGCAGCGUAUUUAUCGUG